GGACCAGCAGGCGGGAGGCUCAGUGUGACUGGGGCACCGAGCUGGCUGGUAUGGACGUCACUGAGCAAGUAAAUAUGGAACCACCCCCACAAUGUCAGCUUUCCUGGAGUGGCUUCUCCCACUAUCUCUCACUUCCCCGAGGGAAAGGGGUGAGGUCCAGGAAAGGAUCCUGCCGCCCGAUGCCUGGGGGACGGGCAUGGCCAGCUCGGGAGGCCCCAGGACGGCCGGGGGCCGUGGGGAACAGCCCACUGGACCCUCAGCCCCAGCAGGGCGUGAGUGUCUUGCGGGGGCAGCCGACUGGGACCCAGCCAGGGCGGACUCAGCACUGCCAUGGCCCAAGGACAGAAUGACUGAGAACAUGAAGGAGUGCUUGGCCCAGACCAAGGCAGCCGUAGGGGACAUGGUGACAGUGGUGAAGACAGAGGUCUGCUCACCACUCCGCGACCAGGAGUAUGGCCAGCCCUGCUCUAGGAGACCAGACUCCUCAGCCAUGGAAGUUGAGCCCAAGAAACUGAAGGGGAAGCGUGACCUCAUCAUGCCCAAAAGCUUCCAGCAAGUGGACUUCUGGUUUUGCGAGUCCUGCCAGGAGUACUUUGUGGAUGAGUGCCCAAACCACGGUCCCCCGGUAUUCGUGUCCGACACGCCAGUGCCCGUGGGCAUCCCAGACCGGGCGGCCCUCACCAUCCCUCAGGGCAUGGAGGUGGUGAAGGAAGCCAGUGGAGAGAAUGACGUGCGAUGCAUAAACGAGGUCAUCCCCAAGGGCCAUAUCUUCGGCCCCUACGAGGGGCAGAUCUCCGCCCAGGACAAAUCGGCUGGCUUCUUCUCGUGGCUGAUCGUAGACAAGAACAACCGCUACAAGUCCAUAGACGGGUCAGACGAGACCAAAGCCAACUGGAUGAGGAACGUGGCACCCCUGGCCGAGCGUAAGAGGAAGCCCAAGUUCUCCAAGGAGGAGCUGGACAUUCUGGUCACAGAGGUGACCCACCACGAAGCGGUUCUCUUUGGGAGGGAGACCAUGCGGCUGUCCCAUGCUGACAGGGACAAGAUUUGGGAAGGCAUAGCUCGGAAAAUCACCUCCGUCAGCCAGGUGCCCCGCUCCGUGAAGGACAUUAAGCACAGAUGGGAUGACAUGAAACGGAGGACCAAGGACAAGCUGGCCUUCAUGCAGCAGUCCCUGUCGGGCCCUGGGGCCGGGGGCCGGGCCCCCGCCAUCGUGCUCACAGCCCACGAGAGGGCCAUCGAGUCAGCACUGCUCUCGGCCCGUGCGGGGCGCAGCUUCCCCAGGGCAGAACUGGACGGCACCGACAGCCCUUCGACCAGCUAUGAUGAAGAUGAGGAGGCACCUGGGCCCUCAAGGCAGCCUCUUCGAGUGCCCCUGCAGCGGUCUCCAGAGGAAGAGGCCCAGCUGGCCAGGCCCGCCCUGCUCCGUUCAUCCUCCUCCUCAGACCAGUCUGAGACAGUGGGCCCCAAGCCAGAGGCCCUGCCCCGGCCCUCGCCCCAGGCCCAGGCUGCCUGCAGGACCCCUCGGCCACACCCCAGCCCGCCCACCACGGGCCUUGACUGGCAGCUCCUCCACGCCCACGCCCAACAGACCGAGGUGUUCCGGCAGUUCUGCCAGGAGCUGGUGACGGUGCACCAGGACAUGGCCAACAGCAUGCACGUCAUCGGCCAGGCCGUGGCCGAGCUGACCAGCCGUGUCGGCCAGAUGUGCCAGACGCUGACAGAGAUCCGGGAUGGGGUUCAGGCAUCUCAGCGGGGGCCAGACGGGGCAGCCCCCACGGGCUCAACCCCCCAGGCCACCCAGGCACAAGCCCCCCUGCCGGAGCCCCCACCAGCGCCUCCAGCGCCAGCCCCCACACGGACUACCAGGUCUCGGAAAAGAAAGCAUCACUUCUAACCCGACCAGUCUGCUCUAGGAGGAAGAACGACAAAGGAGGGGUGUCUGGCCUUGCAACAGCAGCUAGUAUGUCGUGUCCAGGACCGAUGACCCUUACAGGACAUUGGGGGCACUGCCACCUCCUCACCGAGUGCAGAUCGCUGCCUGGUGCCCUAAUAGCACGUGUUCAGCCCCAUUCCCUCAUCUUUGGCGGAUGCUCAAGGUGCAAGAAAAGCUACCUGCCUGACGCUUGCUUGGCCUGGAGGACCACUGUCCUCUUGGUCUGUGUCCCAUGGCGGCAGCAGGCCUUGCGGGGAAGGGGGGAGCAGCGUGGGCAGCAUCUGAAGGGGCUACUGCAUCCGCCUCCCAGACCGGGCAUUACCCCAGCCCCGUCCUGCUGCUUUGGAGGGGCCAGGCCUGAGGAUGGGCAGGUUGAGCCUGCCCUUCAAGAAGGGGCCUGUCCUCCCUUGCCCAAGAGGGUGGUGCCUUGGCCCUCCGCUUGCCCUCGUGCCUGUGCUCAGCUGCUGCGCUUGCCUUUUGUGGAGUGGGGAGAAUGGGAGGAUGUCAGAGGA